CAUCUUUAGUCCUACAACAACGUGUUUUUAAAGUAAUUUUAUUACAUAUAAGGUUCAUUUCAAAAUACAAAGUAAUAUUGUAUUAUAAAGUAAAAUCAGUUUAUACGAACCAAGGUGAUAGGCCAAUUUAAUGGACAAUGAAGAUUGUUAUAUUUGCAAUAAUUCUGACUCUUACUCUUCUGGAUACAACUCACAGCGAGGAUAGUUGGGCAAUCGUUGGUAACCCUCUCGUAUUUGUACAUCCGUGCAACGAUACGAAAAAAAUUACCAUCUCGUACGAGCCUGGAAGAUCUCCGGAAGAAGAGAACCAAUACUAUGUGUUCUUUGAAAUGCAGUUUGUUAUCAACACUAAAAUAGUUCUAAGAUUUGAUGCUGAGGCUAGCGUCAAGUUGGUUCACGACUCUUUUGCAAGGAUUUCUGCAAAAAAUAAUGAUGAUUUUGAAAUAAAGUUCUUUAAGCCAAGUAAAGGUUUGAAAUUGGAAGUUAAAGGUCCUCAGAAUAGUGGAGUUAUUCCCUACAUAAAUUACCUGAAUAUCAACACCCAUCAAUACUGUCAAAAUUCUUCAUUGGGAUAUUUGGAUGAUUUUAUCCAAGGAAAAAAGGAUCACGCGGAAACUCAUAGAAAAAACCUUGACUUGAAAUGUGGAAGACGUAAGAUUGAGUAUACAGAGCUGAUUGUGAACGGGCUGCCAACACGUGCAGGAGAAUGGCCGUGGCACGUGGCUAUAUACAGAUACCAGCAGAACGAACUUAAAUAUAUAUGUGGUGGUACUCUGUUAUCAAAGAGUUAUGUAUUAACAGCUGCACACUGUGCUACAAUACGUGGAGAGCCUGUUGUACCAGACAUUCUUAGCGUGGUCCUGGGAAAGUACAAUCUGAUUGGCGGUGACACGGACUCGCAGGAGAGAGCGAUACAUUCAAUAAAAGUUCACGAAGAAUAUACACAGAAAUUCCUGAUGAAUGACAUCGCUCUGCUGAAAAUGAAAUCACAAGUCCAGUUCAAUGAUUAUAUACAACCGGCUUGCUUGUGGCAUAGAUCGGCGUAUGAUAAACUACCGACAGACAGAGUAUAUGGCACGGUUGUAGGUUGGGGGAUAGAUAUUACUGAUCAAUUAUCACCUCAACUUAAAAAAGCGACGAUGCCUACAAUAUCAGAGAGCAACUGCAUUAAGAAGAAUCCCUUAUUCUACAGCAGCGUUUUAAGUGAUCGCAAAUUUUGUGCUGGAUUAGAUGAUGGAACAUCAGCCUGCAACGGCGACAGUGGGGGCGGCUUCCAUGUAUUCGUGCCUGAUAUACCAAAGGAUAGCUCUGUAAAUGCGACUGGAUCCUGGUUUGUUCGUGGAAUAGUCUCGAUGACUAUUGCCAAGCGUAAUGAUCCGGUUUGUGAUCCAAGUCAAUACGUUGUAUUUACAGAUGUUGCGCAGUUCACUGGGUGGAUUGGAAAACAUGUCACUGAUCUUUAGAUCUAAUCCUUAGGACAAUAUGAAAAUAAUGGUAAAAUAAACUAUUAAAACAA